AUGGUUGGUUCCAAAAAUGUGGUGCAUUUAAUCACUGAUAAUGCUAGCAAUUAUAAGGCCGUAGAAACUUUAUUAAAUGAAAGAUAUCCAAUUAUUUGCUGGUCUCCAUGUGCUGCCCAUUGUAUCAAUUUGAUUUUGAAGGAUAUUGGUGAAAUGGGUACUGUUAAAUCUCUAGUGUCUCUUGCUUCUUCAGUAACUGUUUUUGUGUAUAAUCAUAAAUAUGUUCUGAAUUGGUUGAGAAAAAUUGAUGGGUGGAAGGAGAUUAUUCGUCCGGGGGAAACUCGAUUUGUCACCACUUUUAUUGCACUAAAAAACUUACAUGAUCGCAAAGACAUUUGUGACACUGAUGAAAGGCCUUCUUUGGGGUAUGUGUAUGAAGAAAUUACAAAUGGUUUGUUGGAUUACAUAGAAUCAAAGGUGGAUUGGUGCAUUGAGGAAAAUUUAACAAAAGAAAUUGGAAUGUAUCGAGAGCGGGAGAGAAGUUUUGGCAGAAAACUUGCUAUUCUUACUAGCAAGAAAGAUAGACCAGAGAAUUGGUGGAAACUCUUUGGUUGUGAUGCUCCCAACUUACAAAAACUUGCAAUUUGGGUUUUGAGUCAAACAGCUUCUUUUUCAGGAUGUGAGCAUAAUUGGAGUGUUUUUGAACGUAUUCAUACUAAGAAAAGGAAUAGGCAUAAUCAGCAAAAGAGAUCGUAUGAUCCCGUUGAUUACGAGUCAAUUGAUAAAACAGAAUUUUGGGUGGUUGAAGAAGAACAAGAAGGGGAGCUUGAUUAUGAGAAGUUAAAGGAAGAGCUUGAAGAACCACCAAUUCAUGGUCAAUGUUCAAAUUUUGAACAACUUGAAGAUGAUGAAGAUGAAGCAGAAGAUGUUGAUUUAGAAACAUUUCAGUGUCGAAACUUUUUUAAUGAUGAAGAUGAGGAUUGGCAUUAA